AUGGUUCACAUUCUUUCCUCGGCCUUGAGCCUCCUUGCGCUGGGCGCAGCUGUGUCUGCCGCUCCAGCACCAGCACCAACUGCUGCACCAAACGUUGCCGAUGCUCUUGCAGCAGUCGAGAAGAGGGCCGGUUCCUGCACCUUCUCCGGAUCCAGCGGUGCCGCUGCUGCCAUCAAGUCCAAGGCUUCCUGCGCAACCAUCGUCAUCAGCGCCGUCGCCGUUCCAUCCGGAACCACCCUCGACUUGACUGGCCUCAAAUCUGGUACCCACGUUGUCUUCGAGGGUACUACCACCUUCGGUUACGAAGAGUGGUCCGGUCCUCUCGUCUCCGUCUCCGGAACUGACAUCACUGUUACCGGUGCCUCCGGAAGCGUUCUCGAUGGUAACGGAGCCAAGUACUGGGAUGGCAAGGGUACCAACGGUGGAAAGACCAAGCCAAAGUUCUUCUACGCUCACUCCUUGAAGGGCAAGUCCUCCAUCAACAACGUCAAGAUCUUGAACUCCCCAGUCCAAGUUUUCUCCAUCAACUCUGCCUCUGGUCUUACUCUCUCUGGUAUCACUAUCGACAACUCUGCCGGUAACUCCCUCGGACACAACACUGAUGCUUUCGAUGUUGGAUCUUCCACUGAUAUCACCAUCUCCGGCGCCAACGUUCAAAACCAAGAUGACUGUCUCGCUAUCAACUCCGGUACCGGCAUCACCUUCACCGGUGGAACCUGCUCCGGUGGUCACGGUCUCUCCAUCGGAUCCGUCGGUGGACGUUCCGACAACGUUGUCUCUGAUGUUAUCAUUGAAUCCUCCACCAUCAAGAACUCCGCCAACGGUGUCCGCAUCAAGACUGUUUCCGGUGCCACUGGAUCCGUCUCCGGCGUUACCUACAAGGACAUCACCCUCUCCGGUAUUACCAAGUACGGUGUUGUCAUCGAGCAAGAUUACGAGAACGGUUCCCCAACUGGAAAGCCAACCUCCGGUGUUCCCAUCACUGGUGUCACUCUCUCCAACGUUCACGGUACCGUCUCUUCCUCCGCUACCAACGUUUACGUUCUCUGCGCCAAGUGCUCUGGCUGGACCUGGGAUGUUAACGUUACUGGUGGUAAGACCUCCACCAAGUGCGCUGGUCUCCCAUCUGGUGUCAAGUGUUAA